AUGGCUCCUAGAUCGACUAAGAAUAGCAACAAGGCCGAUGGUUCUUCCAGCAGGGAGAUAUCUACUCUCCAUGAGGAAGCCGAAGCCGCCCACAUUGACCGAGAGGAGUUACCUGUUGAUGAUCAGCAACAGCCUGACGGUGGAGCACCCAUGCAUAUUCGUUCAGCAGCAACGAAUGAAGGGAACAACGAAGCCAUCAAUGUCGGUACUGCCUAUUACUCGGUACUGCCGUCGACCUGA